AAACAAUUCCUUGCAAUUCCUAAACCUAAAUCAUCAAGAUCCAAACCCUAACGACACCGCCCAUCAUGCUCCAACACGAAUCCCACCACAUCGUCGCCAUCGAAGCCGUACAUUGUCCCAUUCCCACCUUCAACCUACCAUGUCCCUACACCGUCGACACAUACCACUGGACAUCUCAGUCUGAACUCGCCCACCGAAUCAAAGACGCUACAAUUAUCCUGACCACCACGAUCCCACUCUCCGCCGAAGUCCUAUCCCCAGAUAUCACCCCCAACCUCCAACUCAUCGUGAUCAUGGCAUCCGGCACCGAUUGCGUCGACAGAGUUGCAUGCCAGGCCCGAGGAAUCACCAUUUGCAAUUGCCCUGGCACCAACAUGGAUAGUGUGAGCGAGCACGUAAUCGGGGCGUAUUUCGCCACGAGACGGAAAUUCGUCCAUCUGCACCAGGCCACGGUCAGUGUUCCUGACGAUCCGGGUGUGGAAACUGAAUGGAAGAUGAAUGGCACGUUGCAUCCGCGGCUUAGGAUGUCGGAUGGGAAUCCACCAUUGCUAUGCUCUCAAGAAACAUUGGGGAUUCUGGGGUUUGGGGCUUUGGGACGGCGAGUGGAAACCCUAGCUUGGGCGCUGGGAAUGAAGGUGAUUGUGUCAGAUCAUAAGGGGGUUGUUCCGCGCGAUGGCCGGGUGUCGUUUGAGACCUUCCUUAAAGAAUCAACGGUACUGGUGCUUUGUUUACCGAGGUCAUCGAAAACAGUGAAUUUGAUUUCGACGGAGGAGUUCCGUAUGAUGAUGCCACAAGCGGUGGUUAUUAAUGUUGCUAGGGGUGGAAUUGUGGAUGAGCAGGCUUUGUUGGAUGCUGUGAAGGAGGGGGUUAUUUCGGGUGCUGCGAUGGAUGUGUUUAAGGAUGAACCUGUUGGGAGGGGUGGGUCGCCUUUGAUUACGAGGGAGAUUGAGGAGGAGGGGUUGAAUUUACUUCUCACUCCGCAUCUGGCUUGGUAUUCGGGAAUGACGUUGCGGAAUCUGCAGGAGGGGGUGAAAGGGACGGUGGAGAGAUGGGUUGGUGGGGAGACGAUAAAUCGGAUUUUGUGAUGGGAUAGAAUAGUAUUCUACUUAUUGAUGUUUCGGAUUAUAUAUAGUGUUUUCAGUUGUAUAUGCUGGGACAAGUUGAUGGAGUGUAGAACGGGAUAUCGACUUUAUAGGAUGAUUUGCAAUAGUG